AUGAAGCGGAGCAGCCUCUCUGUACUCAGCUUGACCUUCCUCCUCCUCCUUUUCCGCCUCCACGUGGCGCAGCCUGGGAGGAUAAAAGCUGUGAGCAAACCUGGAUACUGCCCGGAGUUCACACUUUCCUGCCCUUUCAUGAUGUUACCUCUGUGCCAGCGCGACAAAGGUUGCAAGAAGUCCAAGAAGUGUUGUUUCUACAACUGCCGUUACCAGUGUAUGGACCCGUUGUUUGAAGUAGAAACCCCUUCUUAA